UCGUCAUUGUGACGUGAUUCUUUCGUUUUCUGGUAGCGAUCAAAUAAAUCGGAAGUCUUCAAGUUGUGAUAUAGCUAUCGCGCAGAAAUUUAUUCUCGGUGGGGGUGGUAAUUUGUAAGUCUUCACGAUAUUAGUUUAUUUACAUCCUGAACAUUUUAGUUACUACUGACAUCUUUAAAAAUUGACAGGUUUUGAAAACUCAGCGGAUAAGGCUUUGUCGAUGCUAGAUUGGUAAGAGGUGGGAGGUUACAGUGGCAGCAGGAUUCAAGGCUGCCUCUCAGAGGUAGUGAACAAGAACAUAUAAGUAAUAACAGAAGAAAACACAAACUUCAUUCAGCAUGUCUUCUUUCAAGGAGAAACUUUUAAACUGUCGGCCAUUUAUAGUUAACAACUUGGUUUCCAUUGAAGACGUGAUAGAUACUUUAAUUUCUGAUGGUGUCCUCACAACCUCAGUUAAUGAGGACAUAAAAACCUGCCAGAAUGACAGUAAUAAAAUACGCAAACUACUUGAUUUUCUUGUCAGAAAAGGUAGUUCAGAAUUCGAUGUGUUCUACUCUGCCUUAAACUCAACGGGUAAUGAACACAUUGCUCUUAAGUUAGCCUCUGAUGAAACUACUUUGAGCAAGAAUGAAAAUGCUCAGUCUUUGCAGUUAGUAAGUAAGAAAAAAACUAUCAUGGACGAUAAGGAUAAAGACAUUUUGAGAAAAUUACGAGUUCAGUUUGUGAAAAAUAUGAUAGAUGUGGAAGGUGUUGUUGACAUUUUGUUCAGUGAAGAUGUUAUCAAAGACUCACACAAAAGCUUAAUCGUGAGGCAUCUGGAACGGUCAAAGCAAAUUCGAAACCUCCUUGAUAUUUUACCAAAACGUUUUAACAAUAGCAUGUCUAUUUUCAUCAAAGCACUUGAAGAGACUGACAAUAUAGUUUUAGUUAACAAAAUUAAAGAACUUCGCCACGUUUAAAAAGAUAACCUGAAAAUUAUAAUGAUUCUAUAUUAAAAACCAGUCCUUUUUUAACUUGUCUGUUUAGCAUAAGAUAUGAAAGAAGGAUAUGGGAGUGGAGGGAGAUCAGAAAUCAUUGAGGGUUUGUAACAAAGAUGGCCCCAAACCCCAGAUUUUGUAUCGCUGUGCCUUACUUACACAGGUGUUCUGUCAAGGAAUUUCACUGACUUUGCUGCUAAGGGACAAAAGACAACAAUCACUGUGAAAACUGUUACCGUUCCUACUAUGAGCAGUCAUUGGAACCAACCACCAAAGGAAUUUUGUAAGAAAUAUAUGUGAACUUCCUCAACUGAUAUAAAUGGAAGACUAAUAUACUUCAAUAUGGCUAAAUUUUCUUAAAAACUGAUAGAAAUCAAAAGCAUAUUUCAAUAAACAUUAAUGUUUCCUAUCUUUUAUUCAUAAUAAAAUUCCAAAAGCA